AUGUCGCAACAUAGUUUCACAAAGAUCGGCGUCAUAGGCGCGGGCUCUAUGGGCUCCAAUAUGGCCAUGCUCUUUGCCGAGAAUGACAUGGACGUCUCCGUUUUCGACACAAAGCCCGAGAACAUUGACAACCUCACGACCGUCUUCCGUGACGGCCUCGAUGCCAAGUACCACACCCGCAUCGCGUCCUUCAAAGAGUACCGUCUAUUCAUGGAGAGUCUCGGCGGCGCGUCCGUACCCAAGCUCCUCGUGCUUAGCAUUCCGCAUGGCAGCCCGGCAGACGAGGUGCUCAAGGACGCGCGCCCAUGGCUCACGCGCGGUGACGUGAUCCUCGAUGGUGGCAAUGAGUGGUACGAGAACGCGCAGCGCCGUCAAAAAACCCUCCAGCCGCAGGGAAUUUCAUACCUAUCCAUGGGCGUGUCAGGCGGGUAUCAGAGCGCGCGUCAUGGGCCCAGUAUCUCGCCAAGUGGGGACAAGACCGCCCUCGACGCCGUCAUGCCCCUGCUGGAGCGCUUUGCCGCGAAGGACCCGAAGACGGGCCUGUCGUGUGUAGUGAAUAUGGGCCCUGCGGGCUGCGGGCACUACGUGAAGAUGGUGCACAACGGUAUCGAGCAGGGUAUCUUGGGCAUUGUGAGCGAGGCUUGGGAGCUGAUGUACAAAUGUUUACACAUCAAGCUGGACGACAUCGCAAUGAUCUUCAAUAAGUGGGGGUCUGAGGGCGAGCUAAAACGCAAUUUUUUGAUCAACAUCGGGGCGGAUAUAUGCGGUCGCCACCAUCCGGAAGGCCCGCCAAGCCAUGUACUGAAUGAGGUGCAGGACAAGGUCGUGCAAGAUGCUGAUGACUCGGAAGGUACUGGUGUAUGGUCCGUAAUGGAAGCCGCACGCCGCCACGUCUCCGCGCCCACGAUUUCCAGCGCGCACUUCUUCCGUAUCGCGUCCGCGGACCGCUCACAGCGGCUGUGCGUCGUCGAGAACCUCGGGCAGGAUCUGGGCGCUGCACGAAAGCAGCAGGUCGACGACGGGUUCCGUGACAAUUUCUUGGAGGAUCUACGCCUCGCGGUGUACUGUGCAUGUCUAGCGUCGUUUGUGCAAGGACUUAACUUGAUCGCGCGCGCGAGCGAGGAUGAGGGCUGGGAAGUGGGCCUCGCCAAUUGCAUCCGGAUCUGGCGUGAGGGCUGCAUCAUCCGCUCGGAGUACAUCGCGGAUCUUUUGCAACCGGUGCUGGAGAGGGAGGGCAAAAUCAUGAAUGUGCUCACGUUAAAGCCCGUGGGGGACGAGAUCCGUCGGACGUUCCCUGCGCUGAAGCGGGUCGUGGCUACCGCACUGGAGUGGAACGCUCAUAUCCCAACGUUGAGCGCGAGCCUCGAAUAUUACAAGUAUUGCGCGGGGAUACACCUGCCGAGCCAAUUCAUGGAGGCGGAACUUGACUACUUUGGGGCGCAUUCAUACGACAAGAAGUCCGAAGGGCCCGGAGAGGUCAAGAAAGGCAAACACCACUUUGAAUGGAAACCAGCCUGA